UGAGGAGGAGGAGGGAUGCUGCUGGAAAAAAAAGCAGGUGGAGACCGCGGGUGUUUACUGGAUGUCCUUUACUGAGGGAUUAACACUGAACGCUGGAUAUUAGACUUAAACUGUUUUUUUUAUCGAAGAGUCUUUUAUUCAGAGGACAAUUUAGUUGUUGUUUUUUAAAAACGUACUGGCUGAGAAAGGCUCCGUGUGCAUGUGUCGUGCUGCUGAUGCUGGAGGAGGAGGAGGAGGAGGAGGAUGUGAUGUGAUGCUCCAUCACUGGGCCCAAAACCCUUCCCUCCCUGAAUGAAACCUGAUAUUAUGCGUGGAAUAAAGAUACCUGCACGGAUUCAAGGGGAACAAAGCGCUGGUUCAGAAAUCGUCUCACAAACUGGCAGUAUUAGCCAACUAUGGUCGACCCUUCUGAGGCUGAGGAGCAGAACAAGUGUAAAGGCCCAGCCCUCGACACACCAGCUGUGGUCACAGGAGAACCCCGGCUUCCCGAAGAAGCUGAUGGUGCAACGACGGAGGAAGAUGGGGACGGCGAAUUUGAGACCCCGCCCACCGGGAGUUCUGAGCAGAGCCCCUGCCACGUGGCGUACACAGUGGGUCCGGACGCUGCCUCUCUGGAGGCGACACCUCAGCAACCACAGACACAGGCAGAUUUCUCGCCGAAGCUGCACCUGGACCUCUACAACUUUGACUCUCCAGCAGCUGAAGGCAGUCGCUACGUGCUGACGAGCCCCCGGUCUCUGGAGGCGUGCGCUCGAUGCGGGGUCAAACCCGUGGAACUGCUGUCCCGUCCGCUCACUGACUUCGCUCGGGAAGCUCCUGGACGAUCCAUGCGCGUCGCUACAGGGCUGUUUGAAGUGUACGAGAAGGACAGGCACGCCAAGCUGCGGCAGUGCAGGGAGGAGAGGGAGAGGAUUGUUAGGGAGGAGAAAAGAAGGAUUCUGCAGGCAACGGUCAACAACAGCAGCAGCAGCACCUCUGUGGACAAAGCUGCCUCCAGCACUCCUAAAUCUGGGCCAGUGACCUCCACCUCCGUCCCUGAUGUCGGUGCGUCCUCUAAAGCCACAGUAUCAGCUCCACCCUCUAAAACAGCUCUGUUAUCAAAAGGCUCCACUUCCAGUCUUAGUACUUCUCCGAAAUCUGCUCAUUCAGUAUCUCCUCACUCAUCAAAGAUCACUUCUGCCACCUCUGCACCCUCAUCCAAGACCAGAUACCAAGGUUUUACUAAACAUCCUUUGUCCUCCUCGACCGAGCAAGUAAAAGCCUCACGUCCGCUCUCCUCCGGCCCUCCACCAGUCAUCAGGAAGUCCUCUGGUGGUAAAUCGUCAAACACUUUCCCCAGAUCAACUCCGAAACCGCCCUCCUUCCCCAGAGCAAAUACAACCAUAGCGUCAUCGGCGUCAAAGCCUGCAGGUCAGAGCGCUGGGAAGCCUGUUAACGGUGUAACGGGACAGUUCUCUCAGCACAAUGGACAUGUGGGAUUGCAUUCCAAGGCAAAGGUAAAAAGCCAUUCACUGGAGUCUCUUCAGCGAAGGAUGGAUCCCGUCUGUUGCUCCGCCUCCACCAACACCACCACCACGGUAUGCACCUCGUCAGAGUCCGGCGCUUCUUCUUCUUCUUUCAGUUGGGAUGGUGUACGAGAGCACUGGGCUAAAGUCUCCAGCCCCAGAGCUCGCACCCUGGCUACGUUCAACUCCCUGAUGGGCCGCAGCCUCAGCCUCGGUGACCUGAGCCACUCGCCUCAGACGACACAGAAGGUGGAACGCAUCGUAAAGGAAGUAAAGCGCCGCGGGCUGAAGGCCGUGUCCGAGCGCGACCGCAAAAUUGCGGCUCUGAUGCUCGCCAGAUAUCAGGAGGAAGACAUCAUGAGUCAGACUCGUUACGUGGCUCACCUGCAGUGGGACAGCGAGCGGAGGAUUGAGGAGCUGCGGCGAGAGCAGGAGGAGAGGGAGAAGCAGCGCGCGGUGCUUCAGUGUCAGCGAGUGUGGCACACACAAGUGACAAUACGCCAGCGGAGGCUGAGCCAGCAGGAGCGACAGUCUGCAGCUGUCAAAAUGCGACAGGCAGAGGAGAGCGAGGAGCGAUGGAGGGAGCUGUCGGAGCAGCAGGAGCGCAACCGUCUGCUGAGGUUACAGCAGGCGGCUCGAGAGGAGAAGCACAAGAAAUCUCUUCAAGAACAGAACCUGAAGUCUCUGGAGGAAGAGAGGGCGGCCAUGCUGGAGCAGGAGAGGCUACUGCUGAAGGAGAAGCUCACAAUGGCUGAGCUGAAGAGGCAGGAGAAGGAGCACCAGGCCCAGGAGGAGAGACGGGGUCUGAACAAAGCUGAGAAGAGACGUCACGCUGCCCUGAUACAGGAAAUCGCCCGCAGAGAACAGGAGGAGAGGGAGGAGGCCAGGAGGACAGCGGAGGAUAAGCUCAGCCGCUCCCUGGAGAAUUAUGAACAGAUAGUUGAGCGGCGAGCGCAGGAGCUGAAAGAGAAGGCCAAGCGCGAGGAGAAGCAGAUUGAGAAAGCGCGCAAGGCUGCGGAGAAGCGCGAGAAACAGCAGCAGCAGCAGCUGGAGGCGCGUAUGAAGGAGACAGAGAAGCGAGCCCAGCAGGCGGCGUUAGUGGCCGAGGUCAAGGCCAAAGAGAAGGCCCAGCGGGCCGUCCAGAGCCGACAGGAGAAGGAGAGACUCCAGAAGCUCAACAGGCAGCGAGUGGAGGAGGAGGAGAAGCAGAGGCGCCUAGAGCUCCUUCAGUCCAUCGAGAAGAAGCUGGAGAAGAGCGAGCAGAUCUUCAGAGAAAAGCGGGCGGUGCUGGAGAGCGCUCGCUCUGUGGCGAGAGCCUCGUUCCACGUGCGAGACAAAGUGCGAGAAGAGACCAACAUGCGCACGUUUGAUAAAAUGGCCCUAGAAGCACAGCUGAAAGCCAGUCUGGACGAGAAAUAGACCCACAGCUUUGUUGUGAACCCUCAUCUUGUGGUUAUCUGCUCAGUCAACAGCUUUAACUCUCCUCCUCACACUCAGUGUUACGCUCCCUUACAUAUCUGUACCCUUUUUUUUUUUUAAGCUGUGGAAGCAAACCAGAUCAUUUUGUAUCAUGUUGUAAAAAGACGACUAGAACUAAAUCAUCAGCUGUUAUACAGUCAUUUAAAAGGAAAGUUGGACUUCUGUAGACGUUCUUCAUACGACGUGAGAGCCAUCUCUCUCUCUCUCUCUCUCUCUCUCUCACUGUCUCUCUCUUUGCUGUCUGCUAUUUCUGCCUCAGCGGCUGAAGAAAAAGAGUUAUUGUUGACCAGGAAGCACAACUCCACCAUGACUGCAGAGGCUUUUAAGGAAGACAAUGAAGCAGGAGAACAAAUCAAAGCAGAGCAGAAGUGGUUCUAUGACCCUGAAGCAAACGACGGAUCCUUUUGUAUACUCGACUAAAAUAGAGCUUCGGGCCGGACACUUGUCUGGACCUAAAUGUCGACAAUCCGGCACAGGAGGGUCGUGUGCAAAUGAGCCCCGUGCCGACACAUCAGAACCUCUUCAUCUUCGUCAGAGACUCCCAUCUGUCCUCUUCAUGUCUGAGUACAAUAAACUGGGAGGAAACCACCUCUCGACUUCAUCACGGAUGAGCUGAGCCGCCUGCUGUCUGCACCAACGUCAAAGAGUGAUGGGAAGACGGCUGUUGAGGAACAUGUUUGAAGCCACAGGGACAUCAUCAGGAGCUGCUGAGAGCUGUCCAAAGGGAUUUAACCCCAGACCGUUUUCUCCUGGCCCUGCUGCCAACCGAGCUCUGUGCUAGCUCAGCACGGGUUCCUUCAGGAGACUUUGGAGCUGGUCACAGAAGAUGCUCGACAACAGGUCCCUGAGAUCAGAAUCAGGGACCGGAGUACCUGCCUGUGUGGGGGAACUGGCUCGGUGAGAACUGUGUACAAACGUGUGCAGCCUCGCAGGAAAUGAUCAGAAGAAGAGAAGCUUGAAGACCGUCAUGGGAGAGACAGUGGUGAAGAAGAACCUUCAUGUGCUGAUGAUGGAGAAGAAGCUGCUGAUACAAACCCUGAGGAACUCACUGGUCUUUCUCCUCUCACGGAUCCACAUCAGCGUUUUUUAUUCUCUUUCAUGUGGUAACAGUGACAUGGACUGUGAACACACACACACACACACACACAGAUGACAAGGUUCAAACACAGCUUUAUUAGCAUCAAGGCAUGUUUUUCACUCCUUAUGUUCUUACUGUGUGAUGUCACAUUCGUAACAUUUGUACAUGAUCAUGAUUUGCUUGCUUCUGUUGAUUACGUUGAGUUGCUUUGUCAAGAACAGAUUUGCAGAUGUUGCAAUACAACGUGGGCAAAAAUCAAAACCAGACAAAUAAAAAGAAACAUUUUCCAAGAUGCAAUCAUUUUUCUUUCUUGUUGGAUACAAGUAAAAAACUUUGCUCCAGAGUUUCUUUUUUUCCUCCCUUUAUGUGCAUUCUUUCUUGACAUUAAAACCACAGACCAAACCAGA